AACCCGCGUGCGUGGCAACUCCCCUCGGAAGCACCGAGGCUGUCCCCGUGUGCGUGGCGGAUCUCCAGGGCGGGGGCUGGGGCGGGGCGGGGAGCCUGGCGCUGUCCGGGCCGACGCCCCCGCCUUCCCUCCAUCCCUCCCCCGCCCGCUGCUGCUGCUCCGGCUUCGCGUACGACGGCGGCGUCCCGCCAUGUCGGCUGCAAAGCACCGGGGCCCUAAGGGGGGCAGUCCGCCCGCCGCCGCUAACGAGCGGGGCGCGCAGCCAGGCGGCGCCGAGGAAGCGACGACGAAGAAGCCGUCGUCGUCGUCUCACGGCCGAGGCGGCAGGGCCUCCGCGGGGGGAGGAGGGGGUCGCUCCGUUGCCAGUCCCCGCCGCGGCUGGGCGCUGCUGCUGGGCGCCGCGGUGGUGCUGGGCGCCGCGCUACCUGCCGGCUGGUACGUGCGGCAGCUGCGGGAGGAGGUCGGGCGGAGCGCCCAGGAGAGGGAGGCCUCCGGCCGGCAGCGGCAGGAGCUGGCCGCCACCCUGGACGCCGUGGUGCAGAAGGUGCGUUCCCUUCAAGCCACAUUUGGAGAAUUUGAGUCCAUGAUGAAAAUUGCCCAGCAGAAGCAGGAGGUUACUGACAAGGCCGUGAAACAAGGGGAGAGUGAAAUAAACCGGAUAAGUGAAGUGCUUCAGAAGCUGCAAAAUGAAAUUUUGAAAGACUUGUCUGAUGGCAUUCACAUGGUGAAGGAUGCAAGGGAACGAGACUUCACAUCCCUGGAGAACACAGUGGAAGAGAGACUAACAGAGCUAACCAAGUCUAUAAAUGAUAACAUUGCAGUAUUCACUAAAGUCCAGCAAAGGAGCCAAGAUGAGAUCAACAAUAUGAAAGCAAAGGUUGAUUCACUAGAAGGGGCAGAUGUAUAUAAACAUGAAAUUAAGGUGCUAAAAGAUGCUUUUGAUGAGAUGCAAGCCUCCAUAAAAAACAAAGAAAAGGACAUAGAGACCUUGAAGAGUACAAUAGACUCCAUGGAGUCCGAUGUGUAUACUGAAGUGAAAGAGCUAGUCAACCUCAAACAAGAACAUGAGAAAUUCAAAGAGGCUGCAGAUACUGAACACCUUUCCUUAAAAGCUUUACAAGAGAAAGUUCUAAGAGCUGAGGAUUCUAUUAUACAGCUCCCCAAUGACAUUAAAAGGCUUGAUGAAGAUUUACUGCAAGUUAAAGCUGACCUCAACAAAUGGGAAGAAAAUGAACUCUUUAGAAAGGCAUGGGAAACUUUUGGGAAGAACAGUGAAGGACUGGACUCUCGACUGAGGCACAUAGAAGACAGCCUAGAGUCUCUAACUUCUGUUGCUGCUCAAAACAGUGAAAAGUUGCAGUCUUUCUUUUCUAAGGAGGCAGAGUAUGAGAACAAGCUCAGUACCCUAGAACAAAGCAUUACUGCUCUACAGGGAGUCUCAGAUCUGGAUGUAACUUCAGUCACAGAGGUUUUGAAAAAUCUUGGUGAAUCACAGACCUCACUGUACAAUGAUGUGGAAAACUUGAGGAGAAGCAUCAGUGACCUGCCAUCCUCUGAUGCUCUUCAGGAUGUCCAGAAGCAAAUUAGUACUUUGUUGGAGCAAGGAACUCUUCAGACUGGUGAAGCACAUUCUCAAGGAUAUCUUGAAAAAUUUUCUUCUGUGGAAGGCUCUGUAGAUGAACUGAGAUCUUCUGUCAGUCAGGUCGAUUCUGAUUUGAAAAUGAUAAGAACUGCAGUGGAUAGUUUAGUUGCGUACUCGGUGAAAAUUGAAAACAAUGAGAACAACUUGGAGUCUGUGAAGAGCUCAAUAGAUGAUCUGAGGAAUGAUCUGGAGAGAUUAUUUGUGAAAGUAGAGAAAAUACAUGAAAAAGUUUAGGCAGCAGUGCUCCUCGUGCAAAUAAUGGGUUAAGGAGAGUAGCUUUUGUAUGCCUAAUUUUUUUUUUUAUUAUUAUUAUU